ACGAACAUCGUUCCGUCGCCAAUCCGCGCCCGGAGGGUUUUCUUCCACGCUGCCUGAAAUGCACGCUGGCGUACCUCGGCAAAAGCUUUUCCGCUCCAUUGCGGAGAAGCACGGAAAUAAACCGGAAAAGAAAAGAGCCAGCUCGACUCAUCACUCAUUUAACAUGGCCCACGACGACGGCUCCAAGGUCAAACAUUGUCAAUGGCGAGCACUACAUCAAGGCUUGACAUCGAGCAGACAGCCGCACCUCCUCCGAUCCUUGGCUGGAACCAUCAUCCCAAGAAUGCACGAAACUGGCCGCUGGUCAAGAAAGCCUACACUACGCUCAUAGUCUCCGCCAUUGGUUUCGUCUCCACCCUUGCGACCUCUAUCUACGCCUCAGGAAGCGAUGACGUCGCCCGCGAGUUCGGAAUUUCGCACACACUUGCGCUCCUACCGCUUUCCUUCUACGCCCUGGGCAUGGGUUUUGGGCCCAUUAUUGCUUCUCCCAUGAGCGAGACGUAUGGUAGAAAGAUAGUCUAUCUGGUUACUACGCCCCUCUUCGCUCUUUUCAUCUUAGGGUCGGGCUGGUGCCAGAGCAAUGCUGCGCUCUGCGUGUGCAGGUUCUUCGCCGGUCUCUUUGGCGCACCCUGUGUCAGCAUCGCAAGCGCAACAAUCGCAGACACUACGCCACCCGACAAGCGAGGCAUACCGCUGGCCAUCUAUUACUCGAUUCCUUUCAUUGGGUCACUCGUCGGCCCGCUGGUGGGGGGCUUUGUUGUUGCCGCGAAAGGAUGGAGAUGGACGCAAUGGACGACACUGUUCUUCGCCGCUGCUAUCUUUCCGCUGCUGGGUUUCGUUCAUGAAUCCUAUCGCAAAGUGGUCAUUCGGCGCAUCGCGCGACAGGAGCAAGUGGAACUUUUGGAACCUCAAAGAGAUCCUUCUAAGAUCUUCAUGCAGUUUUUCACGUCGACCAUCACACGGCCGGUGCACAUGCUGUUCACCGAACCUAUCGUCGGUUUUGUCUGCUUGUACUGCUCUUUCCAGUUUGCGCUCCUGUAUACCUUCAUCGUCGGAUCUCCCUACAUCUACCAGGUCACAUACGGUUUCGACAUUCGACAGCAAGCUUUAUCGUUCCUGGGCCUUAUGGUAGGCGCCAUCUGCGCCGCAGGGACUCUUAUUACCAUGGACUGGUGUAUAUACCAAGCAAAGCAUCGCGACUUCUGCCGUACCUUUCCGAAUAGCGAGUUUCCACCAGAGCACCGUCUUUAUCCCUCGAUGCUUGGCUCAGUCAUUCUACCCGUCGGUCUGUUUUACUUCGCAUGGACGGCACGUCCGAGCAUACCUUGGAUCGUACCUAUCGUCGCUCAAGGGAUCACUAUGCUCGGUUCCAUUCUCGCGUAUGUUGGAGCGAACAUGUACAUGGUCGACACCUACGGUCCGCUUUAUGGAGCUUCUGCUGCGGGAGCUAAUAGCCUGGCUCGGUAUAUCUUGACAGCAUGCUUCCCGCUGUUCACAUUGCAUAUGUACAAAAGCUUGGGCACCCAGUGGGCCGCAAGUCUGUUGGCCUUUUGCACUGUGGCGAUGGCACCCAUUCCGUGGGUGUUCUGGACAUGGGGACCAAAGCUUCGAGGAAGGAGUCGAUAUGAAAGGGAGAUGUAGGGUGCUGCUUUCUUGACUAUAUAUACUCAAUUAUGUCUCAGGCUUACCUACGUUCGAAACGCCCCUUGUAAUUGGCGAGCCAACAACUUAGCUUCACCAAUGCAGCGAAGCCACCCCAGGCUCUCCAUCUUCUCACUGAUGUCAUUGAUCCUUAAUAUGUGUACCGGAACCCAGGUGUGUCCUCAAGUACAACUUCGCCUCGUUCUGCCUUGCGGUUCCGAUGCAAGAAGUAAAGGAAGUUACAUGAGACGAUCAGCACAGUCAACGCCUGCGACACUAUCACAGUGAUCAUUCCAGGGGUGUAGUGCGGCGCAUCCUUUGAC